GAUAACUGCUCUUUAUUUCAGCUUUUUUUGGUUUGUUUAUGCGGCGUCCAUUUUGAGCAAUGGCGAGAAAACUAUGCAUCAUUACACUAUGCCUAGUUCAAAUGCUGCUGCUUCUUGUAGAAAACCAUGCUGAGAUCAUUGUGUCUACCAUUGAAGCUCCAGCUCCACAGCCUAGCAAAAACACUACCCACUUUCCCAAUCAUGGCAUCACUGAAGGCAGUCUUCAACCAGAAGAAUGUGGCCCACGUUGCACGGCUAGAUGCUCAAAGACACAAUACAAGAAGCCGUGCAUGUUCUUCUGCCAGAAGUGUUGUGCCAAGUGCUUGUGUGUGCCUCCUGGAACUUAUGGCAACAAGCAGGUUUGCCCUUGCUACAACAAUUGGAAGACCAAAAGGGGAGGACCCAAAUGCCCCUGAAAGUUAUAACAUCACCUUCUAAGUGUCUUACUUCAUUUCUACCAUUCCAUGUAUACAAGCACUACGUACC